AAGACCAAACGAUUCAUACACCUGCAAUCAGCAACGAAAAAUCAAUAGGGAAAUCACGGAAGAGGUGGGAAGAGAGAGAGAGAGAGAGAGGGGGCAAGCUAUUGAAAGAUUCUAUAGCCUUUGAACCUGACGAUCUGGGCUAAUCGUGUAGUACAAUUCAUUCUGAAACACUAAUGUAAUAUAAUCCACUGACUGGAUUUAAUGUAGCAGAUGAUAAAAUUAGAAUUAAUUGAUUCAAGUUCCGAGGAGCCGAUGAUCUUACCUUGCUGUAAUUGCAGUCGGUGGGAUUUCGACAAAAAAAAAAACCUAAUCAGAGACUGUCAAUCGGGCUUCGAAAAGUCAGAGAACAAACCUUAUUCAAAAAUCCUAAUCAGCUUUGGUUCCAAACUGGGCUUCGAAAGUCAAUCGCUUCCAGUUGGUGGAUGCAAUUGGAUAGAGGUUGUCACUGGCGGUUCACUAGAGGGAGAAGAAUCAAAGAAAUGGAGGAAGAGGAGGGCGUUGGAUGGUAGUGGUUGGUGGAUCGACGGAUCAGAGAACGGCGUGAGUGAGAGUCAAGGAGAGAGGAAGACAGAGAGAUGGAGAUACCUGGCGUCGGUGGUGGGUGUUGCCGGCAGCUGCGAUGGACGGUGGAUCGCGGGUAGUUGUCAGUCCUGUCAGGCAGAGAUAGAAGACACUGCAGAGAAAAGCAGGAGAGAUGAAAGCAAAGAAGGGAAGAAAUCGGUGGCUAACAGUAGAGUGGCGUGUGAUUGGGGGCGGAACAGAGGGGAAGAGUUAUAA